UGGUUGUUAUAUGAACUCAGAGGCAAGCGCCCUCUUUUUGGUCCUGACCUUCCACAAACAGAGGAAAUUGCUGAUGUUUUGCAGACGUUCCAUGUCAUAGCAGAACUUCCUUCCGAUAGUUUUGGAGCCUACAUCAUCUCAAUGGCUACUGUUCCAUCAGAUGUGCUUGCAGUGGAGCUCCUGCAACGUGAAUGUCAUGUGAAGAAACCACUGAGAGUUGUGCCACUAUUUGAAAAACUUGCAGAUCUUGAGGCAGCGCCUGCUGCUUUAGCUCGAUUGUUUUCAAUAGACUGGUAUAUGAACAGGAUUGAUGGAAAGCAGGAGGUUAUGAUUGGUUAUUCUGAUUCUGGGAAGGAUGCUGGUCGUCUUUCUGCAGCUUGGCAAUUAUAUAAAGCUCAAGAAGAGCUUGUGCAGGUUGCUAAGCAAUAUGGCAUUAAGUUGACAAUGUUUCAUGGACGAGGUGGGACUGUCGGAAGAGGAGGUGGUCCUACACAUCUUGCUUUACUCUCUCAGCCACCAGAAACAAUUAAUGGAUCACUUCGUGUGACAGUUCAAGGUGAAGUAAUUGAGCAAUCAUUCGGUGAGGAGCAUUUAUGCUUUAGAACACUUCAACGUUUCACUGCAGCAACUCUCGAGCAUGGAAUGCACCCUCCGAUUUCACCGAAGCCAGAGUGGCGUGCGCUGAUGGAUGAGAUGGCUGUGGUGGCCACAGAAGAGUACAGGGCAAUAGUUUUCAAGGAACCACGUUUUGUUGAAUACUUCCGACUGGCCACACCUGAAACAGAAUAUGGUAGGAUGAACAUCGGCAGUCGGCCAUCAAAAAGGAAGCCUAGUGGGGGGAUAGAAUCUCUUCGUGCAAUUCCAUGGAUAUUUGCUUGGACUCAGACAAGGUUUCACCUUCCCGUGUGGCUGGGCUUUGGUGCAGCGUUCAAGCAUGUCAUGGACAAGGAUAUCAGAAAUCUUCAGACACUAAGGGAGAUGUACAAGGAGUGGCCCUUCUUCAGAGUCACAAUAGAUUUGGUUGAGAUGGUCUUUGCAAAGGGAGAUCCAGGGAUAGCUGCCUUAUAUGACAAAUUACUUGUUUCUGAUGAGUUAUGGCCAUUCGGGGAGCGACUGAGAGCCAACUAUGAAGAGACAAAACACCUUCUUCUUCAGGUUGCUGGUCACAGGGAUCUUCUUGAAGGUGAUCCUUAUCUGAAACAACGUUUACGGCUGCGCCAUGCUUACAUAACAACUCUAAAUGUCUGUCAAGCUUAUACAUUGAAGCGGAUGAGGGAUCCCAACUUCCACGAAAAUGUGAAGGCCAAGGAUAUCGAGUCAAAUGAUUCGGCAUCAGAUCUCGUGAAGCUGAAUCCAACUAGUGAGUACGCGCCGGGCCUGGAAGACACUCUCAUCUUGACAAUGAAGGGCAUUGCUGCUGGCAUGAGGAACACCGGUUAGAUGUGUCCUUUGCUAUCCUUUCCAGUAUCAUGUGCUUGUGCUGACUUUUUAUUGAUGUUGAAGAGUCCAACAGUUGGUUUACAAACUGUUUGUAACUUUACGUAUCUAUUCACUUCGCUUGUCGUCGUGCAAACCGGUCAUAGUUUAUGGGUUAAUUAUAUAUUAUCUCCUUAGUUAACUA